AAUGAGAUAAACCAGUUUCUGGGCAACCUCUAUUACAGUCGCAAAUAACGAGGCAAUGUCCUUUCGUGUUUUAAACAAUACUAUUUCUUUCUAUAGAAAAAAAUGUGAUACUAAGAAAUUGUUAAGAUAUUCCAGUUCGGCUACUCAUACGCUCAAAAUCGCUGAAAGAAUUAAACAAAAAAGAAAUGAAGCACUACUAGGAGGAGGGCAAAAGCGUAUUGAUACACAACACAAAAAGGGAAAACUAACAGCAAGAGAAAGGAUAACAUUAUUUUGUGACCAUGGAAGUUUUGUGGAAUACGACAUGUUCGUUGAACACACCUGCACCGAUUUUGGAAUGGACAAACAAAAGUUUCCAGGAGAUUCCGUGAUAACUGGUCACGGUCUAGUCAAUGGGAGACCAGUGUACGUCUUCAGUCAAGACUUUACUGUUUUUGGAGGCAGCCUUUCCAGCGCCCAUGCCUGGAAGAUCUGCAAAAUCAUGGACCAAGCUAUAUUGGUCGGAGCUCCUGUUGUUGGCCUGAAUGAUUCUGGUGGCGCUAGAAUACAAGAGGGAGUGGCUUCUUUAGCUGGAUACGCUGAUAUUUUUCAGAGGAACGUACUGGCUUCAGGAGUUGUGCCACAGAUAUCACUUAUAAUGGGACCAUGCGCUGGUGGAGCGGUAUACUCUCCGGCUAUUACCGACUUCACUUUUAUGGUUGAAGAUACAUCAUACCUUUUUAUUACGGGACCCGAAGUUGUAAAGUCUGUUACCAAUGAAGACGUGAGUCAGCAGGAACUGGGUGGUGCCAAAACUCACACCUCAAUUUCUGGGGUGGCUCACAACUCGUUCAAUAACGAUGUAGAUGCGCUGUUGCAGCUUAGACAUUUCAUGGGAUUUCUUCCGCAAUCUAAUCAGUUCCCUACGCCUGUUAGGAUGUGUGACGAUCCAUGCCACGAAGAUGUUCCAGCUUUGGACACAGUUAUCCCUCCUUCAACCACCACACCUUACGAUAUGCUGGACGUAGUUCUUAGUAUUAUAGAUGAAAGGGACUUUUUCGAAAUCAUGCCGAAAUAUGCCAAGAACAUCAUCAUUGGAUUUGGUAGGAUGAAUGGACGAACAGUUGGAAUAGUUGGCAAUCAACCAAAAGUAGCAGCAGGUUGUUUGGAUAUUAAUGCAUCUGUGAAAGCGGCAAGGUUUGUUCGGUUUUGCGAUGCCUUCAAUAUUCCCAUUAUAACUCUGGUUGAUGUACCCGGAUUUUUACCCGGGGUAACACAAGAGCACUCAGGAAUUAUCCGGCAUGGCGCCAAAUUGCUCUAUGCUUACGCUGAAGCUACUGUUCCAAAAUUGACUGUGAUUACGAGAAAGGGUUAUGGUGGAGCUUACGAUGUAAUGUCCUCUAAACAUCUCCGAGGAGACAUAAACUACGCCUGGCCUUCCGCCGAAGUCGCCGUGAUGGGCGCCAAAGGUGCAGUGACGAUUUUAUACAGGGGAAAACCUGAUCUGGACAAGCGAGAAGCGGAGUAUAUAGACGCUUUUGGAAGUCCUUUCCCGGCUGCACAGAAAGGUUUCAUUGAUGACAUCAUAGAACCCAGGACGACGCGAUGGAGGCUAUGCAGGGACCUGGACUUAUUGGAGACCAAAAAGCUGACGAAUCCGAAGAAAAAGCACGGCAACAUUCCUCUGUAAAUUCACGGGAGAGGUGUUUGAAAAUAAAACACGUCGGUUGUAUACUUUCAGUCUUAUUUAACAACUUACAACAAUAUUUUAUUACAACUUACGAUAGUUAAGCAAACAAAUUAUUAACAUUGUGUUAUAUGUUAGUGUAAAAUAUUAUUAUCAAUUUUAUCAAAGUGCAAUGUCCGUGGUCUAACCGAA